AUGCUCCCCCAUCACGGUUCAUCACUUACCUUCCUGGACUUUCAGUCGCAUGAGCUAUGGUUCGGCGCCCCCGCGCCCCAUCGCUUAGACACCCAUCAUCAAGGCUACGACGCAUCCCCGCACUCCCGACGCAAUGCCGGCGGUCAUGCCAGCCAGCGCUCCUUCAUGCCUUCGCGCGCCCCUAUGAACUCACUUGCCGCGCUCGCGAUGGAGGAGCGCGCCCUGCGCCUUCGCAAGCAGGGCAUCGCGUCCUUCGGGUAUUCCUGGAUCAAGCCCGCAGGAUGCGCUAAGACAAUGCUCGGUAUGAAAGAGGAGGAAGCUGAACGCGAGGAAGCCGCUGCCGCCGCCGCGGCGGAGGCCAAUGCUGAGGGGAUGAUGGAGGACGAUAUGGUCGAGACGAGAGAGGAGGGCGAGGAGGAAGAAGAAGAACAAGGUAUGGAGCGUGAUUUGGAUGAUGAGAUCCCUGAUGCAGAUGCGGAGGGACUCGUUGAGGAAGGAGAGGAAGGGCUUGAGGAGGAUGAUCUGGAUGAGCGGGAGGGGUUCAUGGAGCGGGACCUUGAUGAUGAAAUUCCUGAAGGCUAUCCCGAGGACGAUUACGAGGAGUCGGGGCUAUACGAGCAGGGUGAUUUUGAUAACCAGCCUGAUCUUGACGCCGAUGUUCCGGAAGCCGAAGAGGGCUUUAGCCGUGACCUGGACGAUGACAUCCCUGAUGCUACAGAGGAGGGUUCCGAGCAAGAGGGCGAGUGGCAGCACACCGAUACGGAGGAUGAAUUGGACGACGAUGAGGGUGGUGGCGAAUAUGAGAUUGUUCGAGAUCAGUUUACGGCUGCGAACUUCAGAACCAGCACGCCCAACAGUCGCAGCGGGUUGCCGCCUCCGCUUCGCCGGGAGCGAGAGACGGAGGCCCAGCGUCGUUUCCUACAGCGAUGGAGUGGUGGAGGCGAUGCGCUUGAUUCAAGCAGCCUACUGUUUGAAGAAGAUGACCUGCGCGCUUCAAUUACGAGUCAAAGCAGUCGACGCAGUGGGUUUGGCCGUCGGUUCCCGCGACACGUUGGGGGCCCUCGAGACAGCCUGAACUGA